AUGGACCAACAAAGACGUAGAAGAAGGCCCAGGAUCUACAACAGUGAAAGUGAACGCCUCCGUGCAAGGCGACAGCGAGAAACACCCCAAGCUGCUCGACUCGACACCGAGUCAGCACGCCAGCGACAAAGGCGGCAGAACGAGGACUCGGAAGACAGAAAUGCGAGAUUGCAUGGUAAUGCCGAGCGUCAGAGAACCAGACGUCAACGUGAAACAUCUGAGGAUCGGAGCAAUCGCUUGCAAGAAAACGCUCAGAGGCAGCAACAAAGGCGCGAUUCAGAAAAUUUCGUCCAGCGAGCUACAAGGCUAGAGAGAGAUGCUCAAUCGAGGCGGAGUAGACUUCAGUCACAGAAUGUCGAAGAACGGCAGACUAGGUUGGGAGAUAAUGCUCAACGUCAGCGAAGGAGACGUGAAUUAGAAAGCGCUGAGGAUCACGUUGUAAGAUUGGAAGAGAACGCUUUACGUCAGCGAAGAAUACGCGAUCUAGAAACCGUUGAGGAGUAUGCUGUUAGACUGGAGGAAAACGCUCGACGCCAACGAAGAAGACGUGAUUUAGAGAAUGUUGAAGAACACGUCGUGAGGCUGGAGGAUCAGCGUCAGCGUCAGCGAAGAAGACGAGAAGUGGAAAGCUCUGAGCAGCGUAUGACCAGAUUGGGUGAGAACGCCUUACGACGGCGGAGAAGACGUGAACAGGAGGGAGAACAAGAACGAGCAAUCCGAUUGCAAGCGGACUCUCGAUGGCAACAGCGAAGAAGACGCUCAGAUACUGUUGAGGAAAGGAUGAUAAGGUUGCAAUCAAAUGCUCAAACUCAACAAAGACGGCGCGCGUCUGAGGACACACAAGAGCGAACGGCCAGGUCCCGAGUUGAGGCCAUACGCUUGCAAAGGAGGCGCCACUUAGAGGGUACAGAAGAGCGGGCCAUACGGCUCAAUGAAGAUGUUGAGCGGCAUCAGCGACGUCGCUUGCUCGAGAGUGAACAGGAGCGGUCGAUUCGACUGCAAAUGAAUGCUUUAGCAAAUCGUCACCGACGCAAUCAAAAUAGAGAGUCUGUUGGAGUAGCAUUAGGCACUCGCUUAAUUGAAGUUGCCUACCUUGGAGAACUAAAUCAACGAUGCACAGAUUGCGGAGUAUUGCAUUUUCUCUGUGAAGUCAAGCCCGACCAUCCAGGACAAUUCCGAGAGUGUUGUGACCUAGGGAAGAGACUAAUCCUACUAACGAGAUGCGACGUCUCCGGAAAAACUUCAUGGAGAACAUAA